AUGUUCUUGACGCUGAGGACAAGGUUCCUGACGGUGAGCACAAGGUUCCUGACAUGCAUUGAGGAGAAGGUUCCUGACGCUGAGGACAAGGUUCCUGACGCGGAGGACAAGGUUCCUGACAGUGAGGACAAGGUUGUUCACGGAGACGACAUGAUUCCUGACGGUGAGGACAAGGUUCCUGACAUUAACGACAAGGUUCCUGACAGUGAGGACAGGGUUCCUGACGCUGAGGACAAAGUUCGUGACAUUGAUGACAAGUUUCCUGACGGUGAGGACAAGAUUCCUGACGUUGAGGACAAGGUUCCUGACGCUGAGGACAAGGUUCCUGGCGGUGAGCACAAGGUUCUUCACGGUCACGACAAGAUUCCUGACGGUGAGGACAGGCUUCCUGACGCCGAGGACAAAGUUCCUGACAUUGAUGACAAGGUUCCUGACGGUGAGGACCAGGUUCCUGACGCUGAGUACAAGGUUUCUGACAGUGAGGAGAAGGUCCCUGAGGGUGAGGACUAGGUUCCUAACGCUGAGGACAAGGUUCCUGACGCCGAGGACAAUGUUCUUGACGCUGAGGACAAGGUUCCUGACGGUGAGCACAAGGUUCCUGACAUGCAUUGAGGAGAAGGUUCCUCACGCUGAGGACAAGGUCCUGACGCGGAGGACAAGGUUCCUGACAGUGAGGACAAGGUUCUUCACGGUGACGACAAGAUUCCUGACGGUGAGGACAAGGUUCCUGACAUUAACGACAAGGUUCCUGACAGUGAGGACAGGGUUCCUGACGCUGAGGACAAAGUUCCUGACAUUGAUGACAAGUUUCCUGACGGUGAGGACAAGAUUCCUGACGUUGAGGACAAGGUUCCUGACGCUGAGGACAAGGUUCCUGGCGGUGAGCACAAGGUUCCUGACAUGCAUUGAGGAGAAGGUUCCUGACGCUGAGGACAAGGUUCUUGACAGUGAGGACAAGGUUCCUGACGCUGAAGAGAAGGUUCCUGACAGUGAGGACAAGGUUCUUGACGGUGAGGACAAGGUUCCUGACGGUGAGGACAAGGUUUCUGACGCUGAGGACAAGGUUCCUGACAGCGAGGACAAGGUUCUUGACGGAGAGGACAAGGUUCCUGACGGUGAGGACAAGGUUCCUACAUUAACGACAAGGUUCCUGACAGUGAGGCCAGGGUUCCAGACGCUGAGGACAAAGUUCUUGACAUUGAUGACAAGGUUCCUGACGGUGAUGACCAGGUUCCCGACGGUGAGGAGAAGGUUCCUGACGCUGAGUACAAGGUUUCUGACAGUGAGGAGAAGGUCCCUGACGGUGAGGACUAG